GUACAACACGGCGACAUUGGGCGGCAGACUUUUUGAUAGAACCUACUGCGUUCGGUUGCUCCAGCGAGCUUUUAGGGCGCCUAAACUUGCAGGGCUCCCUUUGCAGUGCCCAAAGAGCCUUCACCUUCGCUAGUUAGCCCUUGAUAAAGUGAUUCUGAUUCUGCCAGCGUGCCUGUUGGCCACUUACCGCAAGAAGGGUUUCGCGACAUGGCUUCAGCCUCGCUCUUUCAGACGUCUGUCCUCAGCCGGAGUGCUUCCAGGGCUGUAUUAAGCCCUGUAUGCUCGACUGCGGCGUCCGUCAGAUGCGCCCGCUCCUCAGCAAGCGUUGCGCCCGGAGGAUGGACCGCGCGCUCGGUCCCGGCCUGCACGCCGUGUGUCAGCGGCCGUUGCAACCGCGUGGUGGCUCAGGCAUCUGAGCAGGGCAACACAGGCUCGUCUCGAGACCCCAGCCUUGACGGUUUCGUCGAGGUCAAGGUCGACCAGGUCCGCGUCAACAGUGGAAAUGCUGUGGUGUACCUGCGCAUCCUGGACGGGCGCGAGCGCGUGCUUCCGGUUCACAUCGGCGAGAACGAGAGCAACGCGCUAGUAAAGGAGAUUAACAAGCAGCGGCAGAUGCGCCCGCUGACACACGACGUGAUGAAGAACAUUUUGCGUGAGAUCAAGUUCCGGGUUGUGAAGAUCCGCAUCACCGACAUUGUGGCAAACACCUACUACGCCCGAAUCCACCUGGCCAAAGUGAACGAUGCCACGGGCCAGCCGGAGCCGGGCACGGAGGUGGACGUAGACGCGCGCCCCAGCGACGCCAUCAACCUGGCGGUGCGGUUCGGCUCGCCCAUGUACGUCUCCAAGCGCAUCGCAGACGCCGCGUCCACUGUGUACCCCGACCAGCCCGCAGCGCCCAACGAGACGGCCAGCGAGAUCGUGCGCUCCGUGCGUGAGACGCUGGCCAGCUUUGAGGACCCCACCGUGAUGUACCAGCUGCAGAAGGACCUGGCAGUCAAGGAGGAGCGCUUCGAGGACGCGCGCUCCAUGCAGCAGCUCAUCUACCACGAGAUGACGCACAACCAGCUGCUGAGGUUGGUGGUGGCGAUGGAGUCCGCCCUAAGCGACGGCCGCUACGAGGAGGCGGCGCGCCUGCGGGAUGAGUUCCGGCGGCUGUCCGCCAACGCGCCGUCAGAGCAGCGCCGUACGUGACAGGCUGCUGGGGCGGAGGAGGAGCGACGUGGCGGGGGCGAGCAGGAGGGCGCAACGGAUGCGCGCCCGACACACCGGUGCCAUCUGCAAUGGAUGCAAGCAGCAGCGCGUGCGAGAGUAGAGUGACGAGUGGGGAGAGAUGGGCGUACAACAGCAUAUGGGAGCCCGUGGCAUAGCAAUCUUCUCUGCUGGCCUUACGUCCUAUGCCACCAGUUUUUACGCAGCGCAGGCAUGGCAUCCGGCGGUCACUGCGAAGUCUGCGACAAGCACAUAGUCCUCUGUCGCAUAACAACAUACGUUGACGGUUGUCGCGGUCUGCGCAUAACAUAAUGGGACGCAUUCUACCUUUUGGGGAGUGGGGGCUGUAGGUGCGGAAGCGAGUUCUGCAGAGUAUGGGUGAGCCCGUAGCACACACACCAAGUCGGACAUCAGGCGGGUGGAGGCGCGAUGUCGGUUGGCAGUUGCGCGCUGUGUGUUGGCAGGAGCGCGUCAGGUUUGCACAGAGUUUUUUGAUUUGCUUGAGUUCCUUGUUGGGUUGGCUGUAUGAGUUUGCAAAGGGUGUGCUUGCGGGCGACGACCUGUUGGCUAGCGCAAUGCCCGCGUGUACGAUAGCUGAAUAGACCGAGUGUGGUCUGGCGUUUCGGGCUCUGCCCUAUGGUGCCUCCAGUGGCAUGUUACCCUGUUAACGAAGAUGAAUUAAAUCUGCGUGUUGGAGAAGGCAACAGCACAACCCUGCCUCAGCCCAUGCUACCCUGCCUUAGACGCGGCCCAGACCGUUUCUUGGUGUGCGUGGCACGGCAAAGCCAUGGAGUAGCACAAAUGUAAAGCGACAGUUUGGGUUGUACAAGCCGGCCAGGUGGUCACAGGUUGGGAGCGUGUCAUCGUAGUAGCCGAAUAGCAUGAUGCUAAGCAGAGGGGUGGUAUCAGGGGUGCCCCUGGGUGGUAUUGGGUAUAGGAUUGGACCUGGCGCCGGUCACCCCUCCGUGGAUGUGCGAUGGGACAGUGUUAAGGCAGUUUGGUGAAGUCCCGCAGGGUGCAGCUGAUUCCCAGACCCAAACAAUUUGCAACGGCAGGGCAGGAGUGCGCGGCUGGUCGAACGCCCCUCCGUGGAUUGGAUUGGCCAGAGUAGGAUUGGACCCGGCACUUGAGGAUUGGGUUGACCGGCCAGGGGUUGGGUUCGGGACGGCAGGGAUUGGAACCAAGCUUUCAGGGAUUGGGAUAGGAACGACGAGGAUUGGAACCUGGACCUCGGGGAUUGGGAUUGGAGCCCUGAGCGCAAUCAUCGGCGAAGUAACCGCGAACCCACCAGGGGUGGAACCCACUGAGUGACUCUU